AUGCUGCCCGCAACUCUCUCGACCAAAUACGGUCGGUAUAAGGCGAACCAAGAUGACCUCGCAACAUUCCUUGCCGUCACAGGGACCCUCUGUGGUGCCCCGUCCGCCCUCACCAGGCCCGUGAACCCGUCUUCCGAUAACACCAAGUCAGCCCGACCCAAGGGUAAAGACCGAAAGUUGGCCAAGCAGCGAGCAGCUGCCAGCACCAUUGAUCAGUCGACGCGCCAGAAGGCUCCCAAGCUGGCACUGAGCAGCUAUGUGCCCCUUGCAGAGGUCAUUGCGAAGUCGUCCAGCGUGCACGGAAGAAUUCCGAAAUGGAUCAUUACGGUGAUUGACAAGAUUAUUCACGACCGCGAGGAUUGCUUCCGUCACAUAAACGGGGAGGACGUGGCGGCCUUUCUUGCCAAAGGCCAACAAGACGGCCACAUCCACCCGAUCAAUGUCCUGGGGCGCGUGCGAUCUAUCCUAGCCCCAAAACACGUCGAGCAAACCACGAGAACUCAGAACAUGAAACAGCCCAGAACUCCAACGAAGAAAGUUCUUGGUGAGGUUUCUGGCAAUGCCACCGCAAACAGCUCAGCCAAUAUGUUUGCUGGGCUGAGGCUGAAGUCCCCCGACAGCUCGCCCUCCUCGAAAAGUGAUUCCAACGAGCACAGAUCUGCCGUUGAAGCCGAAGACAUGGAGAAAGCCGAUGCUUGGAGGACCUCUCUGGCUCCGGCGCAGGUAUUUGAAGCUUACCCCGAAGCCUCACGGGAGGAAGCCUGGCUCGCGCUCGGGUCCUUGCGAGAUGAAAUGAUGUCUAUAAGGCGAGCAGUCCUGAAACAAUGGCGUGGAUGGAAGAAGGGGUCCGUUGAUCUGGCAGCCGCCGCCGUGACCACUAACACGGCCAUCGACCUCGUCCGUUGUAUGGAGAAACAAGCAAUACCAAUCAUCGAGUCGUACACGAAGAGUCUAAACGCCAAGGAAACCCAGCUUCCCGUCUGCUGGUACUCAUUAGGUAGCUGGAUCAGAGACAUCAACGGCAAGACUUGUGGUACAAACAUUUAUGCACCGCUCCUGGGAACAGACACCGAAAACCCGACCGUCCACCCACAAGACUUCAGUGCACCCAACCCCGCCCAGGUUGGGAUCGAAGAAUAUGAAGAGUGGCUUCUUGACUCCCAGAGCUUUCGAUGGGCGUACACAUUGGUGCAGCUCUACUGCAUGGAGUUCUUCACCAAGGUCAAUCCCGCAUACAAACGACCCGCUGGCUCGGAGCCAUUGCGAUUCGGAGCCGGGGCGCGACCAGAUGACACCAAACUGUUCGAGCAGAUGCGGAAAUGCCGCGGUUAUGACAUUCAAUGGCUCUACGAGCUCUCUUUCAUGGGCAACUAUGGUGUCGGUCCUGUGUUUCCUUUCAUCGACGAGGUGUCUCGUGGCUUUCGCAUUAUGCACGAAGACGUCGACAUCAAGCUCUGGGCUGUCUUCGGCGUCCAGCUAUUCUGGGACGUGAAUGAGCUCCUGGGAGACACCGCUCAGGCCCAACCACUUCAGAUUUUGAACAAUUUCCUCCAAGGCGGUCUCGACCUCUUUCAAAAAGCCUAUGAGCUCUACACAUCCGCCGUAUUUGUGGACCCGGCAGAGGAAGUUGAUGACACGCCCAACGGACCUUCGAAGACAGCUCAGAUGGGACACACCGUACUCAUGUGUUUACUUCCCCAGCGACUUGAUGAGGAGAUCGAGAACAUGGGGCACGCGAGCUACCCCAACCUGAACAAGUGCUAUUUGAUGACGCACCACCCAAUACUCUGCGGUAUCCUUCUGCACUCAGCGCGGUUGAUGCAGCAGGAAUGUGGCAUUAUUUCUGAGAAAUGUACCAGGUCAAUCAUGAAAAUGGCACAUAUCUACAAUGCCUGUUCCAGCUACGGCCUCAUCAGGGGCUCUUGGCAUGAUCUGGAGUAUUGCAUGAAAGAGUUACAAGGGCCCAAUAUCUUCAUGCUGGGAAAGCCACCAGACAAAAAAACAGAAGACGCCUUUGGCAAGGCCUUUCUUUUCGCCGCUGGAGCCAUCUCAUUGGCUUACACUGCGCCAGACUGUCGAGAGAGGCAGGGUAGACGCGGUCAAAAGUUUGGCGACGAACAUUUCAAGUUCCGCAAGAAAGGCCAGGGCAAGUUGUUGCAGAAGCUUGGCCCGGUCUCACUGAUGUUCGAGGACAGAUUCUGCAGAUGUGGUGACCGUUACGAACUCAACGAAGAAGAUCUGCAAGCCAUCACGGAGCGCGCGGCAGCCUACAAGGAUAUCGAGAAUCCGAAAAACCGCACGGCCAUAAAUCCGGGAGCUUCUCGAUCCAUGGUUAAAGGUUCCAAGUCAAUCGCCCAGCUGCUCGCUGACCUCAGCUUGGGCCUUGACCAGGAAGUGCCCCUGAUCUCUUUCCCCUACAUUUGCCUCGGCGUCGAGUGCGCGAAAGUCAUCUGGAAGGCUGAGAGGGUGUUAAUGGCCGAGUAUCCCGAUCUACACGAAAGCGACGGCCUGACUCCCAGCUUUGGGAGCAUAGCACUCGCCCUGCUCACAGGAAACUGUGGCAAGCUUUGGGUCGCAGCCGAUGAGAUCCAUAAAUACGUUGAGGAUAAGAAUCCUGGGAGCACCAACGGCUCGGUGGGACUCGCAUGGAUGAUGGAGAAUAUCCGGUUGGCGCCAAGCGCUGAAAUCGCAGAGAAAAUUCAAGAGUAUAUGCGGAAGCGGCGCGAGAACAACCUCGUUAUUACUACCCAAGUGGAUAGUCACAACGAGGAGAAUGUCACUUGCGAGCAGGAGAAUUCCCAUCAAAAGUCAGACGGUGUUUAA